AUGUCUCUCCAACAUUACAUUGAUAAGAAAGUACUAAUCCUCACCGUGGAUGGUCGCACACUUCUCGGAACACUUCUUUCAACGGACCAAAUGACCAACCUCGUCCUCACCGAAACCGUGGAGCGCAUUAUCCGGACUUCAGAUGACGACGAGCCAUCUUCGCAAGUUGAUCAUGGGCUCUAUUUGAUUCGCGGCGACAAUGUGGUUAUUUGCGGCGAGGUUGAUGAGAAGAUUGACGGGGAGAUCGACUGGACAAAGGUGAAGGGAGAAGUGAUCCGAGACACGAAGAAUGCAUGA